GCCCAAAGGAGGAGGAGGAGGAGGAAGCCGCGGCGGCUCCUUGAACACGCCCGAGUUCAGCUCGGGGUCAGGCGGAGUUCGCGGCCCGGCCUUUACCUUUUCCGCCACCGCCGCUCCGCUCCCGGCACAUGGGGGCUCAAGCGCAGCAGCAGCAGCAGCAGCAAGAGCGAGCAGCGGCAGCCAAGAGGUCUGAGGCGCCGGUGAGGGGCGGGCGCCGCCGCCGCCGCUACCGCCACGGCAGUAGCGCAGCCCGCUAAGCCAUGCGCGUCCACACGGACCUCGCCUGCCUGGCUGACUCGACGGGGCUCCCGGGAGAGCGCGGCGCAGCGAUGCUGGACGCCUCGUCGGAGUCGGCAGGCCACUCCCGGCAGCUGCUGCUGCAGCUCAACGCACAGCGCACCAAGGGCUUCCUGUGCGACGUGAUCCUGGUGGUGCAGAACGCGCUCUUCCGCGCGCACAAGAACGUGCUGGCGGCCAGCAGCGCCUACCUCAAGGCCCUGGUGGUCCACGACAACCUCAUCAACCUGGACCAGGAGAUGGUCAGCCCGGGCGUCUUCCGCGCAGUCCUCGACUUCAUCUACACGGGCCGCCUGGGCGACUCUGACGGCGUCGGCGGCGGAGAGGGAGAGCCCAGCCUGGGCGCCGUGUUGGCCGCCGCUAGCUACCUGCAGAUCCCAGACUUGGUGGCCUUGUGCAAGAAGAAGCUCAAGCGUUCGGGCAAGUACUGCCAGCUCCGCGGCGGCUACUCGCCCUUUGGCAAGCUGGCGCGCGGCCUGCGCGCCGCUACGCCCGUCAUCCAGAGCUGCUACGCGCCCCCGGGGCUGCCGCCGCGCCCCGCAGAGCCGCUCAGCACCCACUGCGGGGAGCUCUACGCCGCAGCCUCCGCGCACCCUCAUGGGGCCGGUCUAUGCCCCCCGGAGCGCCUCUGCUCCCCACUCUGCGGCCUCGACCUCUCCAAAAAGAGCCCCAACGGGCCCUCGCCGCAGCUGCCCGCCCCGCCGCCGCCGCCGGAGAGCCGUCUGCGCGCCACCAUGGAGGGUCGCGAGAACGCCAGGCCCGAGAGCCCCGCCUUGCUGCCCAACCACUCGGCCUUCGGGGAGGCGGCCCCUUCGCAGCUGCAGGCGCCCUUCCACCACCUCCUGCACCACCACCGCGGAGGCAGCCCCGGGUCGGAGCCGUCGGGGCGCGCCGGCGAGGUGGCGCCGCCGGAGUUCUUCUACCGCUGGAUGAAGCACGAGCCGCUGGUGGGCGGCUACGUGGAGGACGACGACGAGGACGACGACGAGGGCGGGGGCGAUUGCCGGGGAGGGCGGCGGGACAAGGAGGGCGAGCUGGACCACAAGCCCGAGUCGCCCUCCUCGCAGGAGCAGCCGCCGCGGCGCUAUCCGAGCUUGGAAAGCGGCGGUGGAGGCGAGCCCGACGGGGAGGACCUGGAGAACGACAAGAGCACGAGCGAGGAGACGGGCUGCAGCAGCGGAGGGCCUUCCCCGGCCGGCGGCAGCCUGGAGCGCUACCUGGGCUACGAGCCGGAGAGCUUCGGCGGCGACAACCUGUACGUGUGCAUCCCGUGCGGGAAGGGCUUCCCGUCGUCGGAGCAGCUGAACGCGCACGUCGAGGCGCACAACGAGGAAGAGGAGCUGUACCGCAAGGAGGCUGCCGAGGCAGCUGCUGCCGCCGGGCACGGUUCUCCCUUUCUGGACAAACCUCUCCCGCCGUCGUCGCUGCCGCAGCAGCAGCAGGGGCCUCCGCCACCGCCGGUGCCGUCGGGGGCGUGCGACCUGCUGCGCCCUUACCGCUGCUCGUCCUGCGACAAGGCCUACAAGGACCCGGCCACGCUGCGGCAGCACGAGAAGACGCACUGGCUGACGCGGCCCUACCCCUGCUCCAUCUGCGGCAAGAAGUUCACGCAGCGCGGCACCAUGACCCGCCACAUGCGGAGCCACUUGGGCCUCAAGCCUUUCGCGUGCGAGGCGUGCGGGAUGCGCUUUACGCGCCAGUACCGCCUGACGGAGCACAUGCGCAUCCACUCCGGAGAGAAGCCCUACGAGUGCCAGGUGUGCGGGGGCAAGUUCGCCCAGCAGAGGAACCUGCUCAGCCACAUGAAGAUGCACGCGGCGGCGGCGGCGGCGGCUGCAGCGGCGGCGGCGGCGGGCCCCGACGGCAAGCUCAAGCUGGACUUCCCCGAGGGCGUGCUGGCCAUGGCGCGCCUGGCGCAGCAGCAGCAGCACGACAAGGAGCUGCUCAGCCACACGUCGCACUUCCUGGCUGCCGCCGCCGACCCCAAGGCCGCCAUGGAGGGCCUCUACCUCGGGCUCAGCCCCGACAAGGCGGCCGAGGUGCUCGCCCAGGGAGCCGCGGCUGCUGCAGCUGCCGCCGCCGCCGCUGCCCACCUGCACAACGACCACCACGCCCGGACCAUAGAGCGCUUCUCACCCCCCUGACGACCCCCGCACCACCCCCUCCACCCACGGACCGGGGCUUGUUGGGGAGGGGAGGGGGCUCCCCCAAGUUGUUUGGGUGUGUGUGAGAGUGCCUUUGUGUUCUGCCCAGGAGAGGGGGUGAGCCUUGCCCCCACUGCGGGGGAGAAGGACAGCUUCCUCACCCAAAGUGACCUGCCGCAGCCACCCCAAGGGAACAGGCCAGCCCCCUCUUCUUGGUGAUGAGGGAGGGGACGUCAUGGAGUCGUCGUCCUCUCCCCCCAACCUCUCGUGAAGCCAAAGCUCACCCCACUCUCUCUUCUCUAUUUCUGUUCUCUGCCAAGCUGUGGAGCUGCCGCCCCCACGCCCCCCAAACGGAAUUGUGAAUUUGUCCCUACCUCAGAUACAAAUCCCCCCCCGUAGCCGUAGAGUUGGAAGGAAGGACCCAAAGACUCACCGAGUCCAACCUCAUUGCUGGUUUUUUCUUUUUGUUUUUGGUGGGGAGGGUGAGAAGAGUCUCCCCCUCCAAGUGGCCUCUGUCACCUGUCAGCUGAUCUCGCCAUUGGGCAAAAGGAACAUGUUCCUGCUGGGGCCUGACAGCCUCUGCAAGUCUCAGUGCUCUACCAGAAAGGAGCCCCCCAGGGGUGGAAAACUAGUGCAGCAGGGAAAAAAGUGUGCCUGAUAAACUUUCUCCUAGUUUUCUAGGUGCAGGGAGAUUAUAAUUUGACACGCUAGUUUUUUUGGGGGGGGGUGGCUUAUAAAUGUUUCCCCGACCCUUAAAUUUGAAGUGGUGCAAUUCAGAAAGAUAUCCCAGCUUUUUUUGGAAACAUGGGAGAGCUCUCUCUCCUCAAGGAGAGAAGGGAAUCUUGCCCGCCCAAACUGCAAAAGAUCUCUAGUUGUCAGACUUGUAGGGAUCUGCUCAGGAAAGGGGCCUUGGUGCAAUUCUCAGGAAUUGGGACAUAUGGUUUUUUGGGUUUUGUUUUUUUUGCAAACCCUAAAGCUCUUAAAAGCUUUAACAACAAAGUGACAAUCAGUGGUGCUUCCCCCACGCCUUAAAGCCCCCCCCUCCCUUGAGUGCCCAGGGUUUUGAGUUGGGAGGAAAAGAAGCAGGCUAAUAAAUUGUAAAGUAUAUCCAGAGAGCACCUUGAGGACUCCCCCCCCCCUUGCUUGGGAGGUGAGGCCUGUGUGUCAUGGGCCUGAUCCCACCAACUCCAUUCCUUCUCCCUUCAGGAGUCAAACCUACGGUAGAGGCUGCCCUCUGCCCCUCCAGAAAUGGCCAGGAGGUUGUGCUCCUGACUGCCUUUUUCUCUGCCCCCAAGCUUUUCCUGUGGGGCAGUCCCACAUUUCUACCUGUCUCAAUUAGGGGAAGCCCCAGAGGCGUCCUUUGGGAAGGCCUGGACUUUAGCAAAGAGGACAGAAGCUCUGUUGGGUCUACAGUUGAAGAGCCUUGUGGCCCCCAGAAACCUUUGUGGACUCUGGUUCCCAGUGCUCAGUGGGGUAUCAGUGGCCAGAGAAAGGAGGGUGAGAGGGAGGGCGACUGUCCACAGAAUGCACAGAGUACCAUGUCGGUGGUCUCUGUUUAUGCUGCGUACAUUUCAGCUGCCCAGAGACAGUGUCCUUUUCGCAUCUUAUAGACAUGUGUCCCUCUAUAACCAGAUAUCUUGACGCACUGAAUUGUCACCCUAUGCCUUCAAACCACCACACCUGUUGAUUUCCUGCCUGUCACAAUGGGCAGGGCGGGGAUAGGACAACAGGUGUGGAAGCCUUAAAUCUUGAAAGCGUGAGAAUCCCUCUUGGCAUGGGACCCAACCCCUUCGGGUUCAAGGUUUACACAGAGCUCCGCAAUGUGCCUUCCUGCAGAACUAGGGAGUGAGAAACUCCUGGCUCUGCAGAUGUCGCUAGAAUCCCAACCCCCCUAAUCCCUUUCCAGGCUGGCUGCUGCGCAGUGACUUUGGGAAGGUGGUGAAGCUCCCAAGUGCAGCCAAGAGUCCAAGCGUCCGGAAGUCUUUUUCACAAAUCCUGUGUGGUGGCUGUGGGGGCAGAGCAUGGCGCAGGAUGUCCUGAAGUUCCCUGCAUCCCUUUUGGCAACAGGUGACUGGAUGCCCUGGGCCUCACCUGAGCAAGCACUUAACUCUCCCCUCAACCUCUUUUGCAAUGUGAAUAGGAGAGGGGGCCCUCACUCCCCUUCUCCCCCUACUAAAGACUCCACACAGCUGUGACCAAGGGGCCGUGAUGGUGUGUGUGUGUGUGUGUGUGUGCGUGUUCCUUCUUAUCACAAAGGGUCCCUCUCCCUUUGAAUCAGCUCCAUCCCAGUCUUCCACCCCCAAGUCCCGUCUUCCACUGUCUCACUUGGAGCCAAAGAUUAUUUUGGGGUAUUUGUGUGUGUGGUUUGGGGGAUGCCCUCCUCCUCUCUCCCCCAAGGACUGUUUGACAAAGACAAAACACUCCCUAGAUUGUCAGCUCUGUUGACGGCGGGAUGGGCAUCCCCACGGCAGCCCCUUCCAUCUUUGGGGUGCAGGAGGGCAAGCCAAGCUUGGACCAGUGCAUGUAUUGCCAGACUCUCUUUGCACUUAUGGGGAGAGGGUGGGGUGGGGGUUGUGGGGCAAGAUGUGCCCUUUGCCUUCAGGCCCUGCCAGAACAGCUGCCCCCCCCUUCCCCUCCAACUCUUUUUUAACCAAAGGUCAGGUUAAGAUGUGAAUCUUCCUUUUACCUCUUUUUGCACACACAACCUCCCACCUGCCCCCCCCCAAGCGUGGGGCUGGGCCUUCUUUGUCUGAGCCAGCUGCCCCCCAACCCUGCCAAGUCCUGGGAGGACACAGCACACCCCCCCCAACACAAAGUAUUCAAAAGGGGGGCAGCCUGCUGUGCCCACCGUAGCAUUUUGUACAUGGGAUGUGCCUUGCCCCCUUUCGUUUUAUACCAGAAAUAAAUAAAAAAACCAUGAAAAAAAACCUCAACAGCAAUAAAAGUUUUCUUUUGACACCACAAGGCUGCUUCUGCUUCCUCGGGG